AUGAAAAACCACUCUUUGACUGAAUUCAUCCUUCUGGGCCUAUCAGAUGUCCCAGAGCUUCAGAUUAUCAUUUUCAUAUUUCUCCUCCUCACAUACAUGUUCAGCAUCAUUGGGAAUCUGACAAUCAUCAUCCUCACCCUGCUGGACUCCCACCUCCAGACUCCCAUGUAUUUCUUCCUCCGAAAUUUCUCCUUCCUGGAAAUUUCCUUUACAUCCACUUUCACUCCUAGGCUGCUGUUCAGCAUCUCAACUGGGAUCAAGACUAUCAGCUUUGCUGGCUGCUUCACUCAGUAUUUCUUUGCCAUUCUCUUUGGGGCCAGUGAAUUUUACCUUCUGACUGCCAUGUCCUAUGACCGCUAUGUGGCCAUCUGCAAACCACUGCAUUAUACCACCAUCAUGAAUAGCAAGGUCUGCAUCCAACUAGUACUCUGCUCUUGGCUGUGUGGCUUCCUGACCAUCUUCUUCCUAAUCAUCUUGACCAGUCAGUUAGAUUUCUGUGGGUCCAAUGUGCUGAAUCAUUAUUAUUGUGACUAUGGACCCCUCGUAGAAAUAUCUUGCUCAGAUACAAGUCUACUGGAACUGUUUGAAUUUAUCUUAGCACUUCUGACACUGGUAGUCACACUGGUGCUGGUGAUCCUCUCCUACACAAAUAUCAUCAGGACCAUUCUGAAGAUUCCCUCAGCUCAACAAAGGAAAAAGGCCUUUUCCACAUGUUCUUCCCACAUGAUUGUCAUCUCCCUCUCUUAUGGAAGCUGCAUCUUCAUGUACAUAAAGCCUUCAGCAAAAGAAGGAGUUGCCUUCAAUAAAGGAAUAGCUGUGCUCAAUAACUCAGUUGCCCCUUUACUGAAUCCAAUCAUUUAUACUCUGAGGAAUAAACAGGUAAAACAAGCCUUCGAGGAUAUGGCCAGAAAAUUGUGCAUUCUUAUUCAUUUGAAUAAAGGAGAAAAAUAA